CACCGAGUCAAUGACCCUGCUUAUUGUCCUCAAACUUCAAACUCCUGCAGAAGCCGCUCUCAUCAGAUUCCAGAUCCACCUUCGACCACAAGUCUAAUCAUUAUUUCUCUAACCAAACGAAAGAAAGAUCAGAAAGACAAGCUAUAAUAAUAACCAUGGUUAGCAGCCGCAAGAAUAGCCGCGCGACAGAGAUUGAUUCUGGAGCUGCAAGCAAUUGGAAGAAGUAUGCCCACUACGACUUGGAGAUUGAUCCGGAGCAAGAUGACAAAGCCACGGAGAUUCGACUGUGCAGCUUUAGUCGACCGCACAUGAGGGCAUUUCAUUGCAGUUGGUGGGGAUUCUUUAUUGCCUUUUUUAUCUGGUUUGCAAUCGUCCCAUUGCUCAGUGAGAUUCGGGAAGACUUGGACAUUACCAAGCGGGAGAUUUGGAAUUCCACCAUUGCCAACUUUGCUGCGGUGAUCUUUGUUCGAUUGAUUCUGGGACCACUAUGCGACAAGUUUGGGAGCCGGGUCCUGUUUGCGGUGGUGCUGUGUAUUGCGGCCAUCCCUGCAGCAUGCACUGGAGUCAUCCAGAAUGCACGAGACUUGAUCAUCUUGAGAGUCUUUAUCGGGAUUGCCGGAGGUAGCUUCAUCAUGUGCCAGUACUGGUCGACCUCCAUGUUCACCAAGGAGGUUGUGGGGACAGCCAACGCACUGACGGCUGGUUGGGGAAACCUGGGCGCAGGAGUCACACAACUCAUUGUGGGAUCGUUCCUCUUCCCUCUCUUCAAGGCCAUCUUUAGUGGCACCGACAAUCCAAGUGAAUAUGCCUGGAGAUAUGUCUCGCUUGUACCCGCCAUUGUCGCAUUUAUCACUGGGGUUGUCAUUUACUUCAUCAGCGAUGAUUAUCCCAAGGGAAACACACAUGAAUUGUUAAAGAACGGAGCCAAACAUGAAGUACAAAUUACGACUGCGUUUGCUGCUGCCUGUUCCAAUCCAGCCACUUGGUUGCUCUUUAUCCAAUACGCCUGCUGCUUUGGAGUCGAAUUGGCAAUGAACUCGGCUUCGGCACUCUACUUUAAGGAUGAAUUCGGGGUAUCCACCGAAUCGGCCGCAGCCAUUGCAUCCAUUUUCGGAUGGAUGAAUCUGUUUGCCCGCGGAGUCGGGGGAUUUAUCAGCGACCAUGCCAAUGCACGUUAUGGAAUGCGGGGACGACUGUACACGCAGGCCAUUAUGUUGGCCAUGGAAGGAGCUCUCGUUCUCAUAUUUGCCAGUUCCACAAGUCUGGCAGGAGGAAUCAUCACCUUGGUCUGCUUUUCGCUCUUUGUGCAAGCAGCCGAAGGAUCCACGUACGGAAUUGUACCGUAUGUGGAAAAACGCUAUGAUGGGGCUGUAUGUGGGAUUGUGGGAGCUGGAGGAAACGUUGGUGCCGUCAUCUUCAGUGUCAUGUUUCGGGAAUUUGACUAUCACAAAGCCUUUACCUGGAUGGGUAUCUCGGUCAUGUGCUCCUCGGUUGUGACGGCUCUUAUCUGGAUACGAGGCGAGACCACCAUGUUUUGCGGCCACGAGAGUGCCGUGCACAGCAUUGUGGAUGAUGAGGACUUGGAAAACGAGGUGGAAGCUUUAAGAAAAGUGGAUUCCUCGGAAAUGGACGAUCACUAGUGCUAGCUAGCAAGAGCAGUGGCGCUUUUGUCAUUCCCAAAACCACGCAAAAAAUAAAAGGCGCUCCUCCUUAAAGCGCCGGGGACCCAGCAAAUCCAUCCCGAGCUGUUUGCACUCCUUCCAAUUGUUGCAUUCUUCAUUUAAAAGUAGACAAUUACACAUUGAUAAACAUAACGAAUUCUAUCUAUACU